AAAAAUUAUUAAUAGUUGUGUAGGAAGCACGUCUUGUCAGGCUCCACUUUAGCAGAAAAAAAGUAAUAUAAUUGAGAAAUAGAAAUUGGUCCACAUUUUCUUCGAAACCAUGCAACAGCAACACCAACACUAGAAGAAAAGGGAAAAGAGAAGAGAGAGUUUUUUGUUUAGGGAUCUGUUUUUGAGGACAUGGGGAGGUUGUUUGUGGUGAAUCUGGAAGGGAAGAUCUAUAGCUGCAAGCACUGCAGAACCCAUCUUGCUCUUUAUGAAGAUAUUCUUUCAAAGUCCUUCCAGUGCAGGCAUGGGAAAGCUUAUCUCUUCAACAAGGUAGCGAAUGUCUUUGUGGGAGUGAAAGAAGAGAGAUUGAUGAUGACUGGGUUGCAUACUGUUGCUGAUAUUUUCUGUGUUGGAUGUGGAUCGAUUGUGGGUUGGAAAUACGAGACUGCCUGUGAAAAGAGCCAAAAGUACAAGGAAGGAAAAUCUGUUCUCGAGCGGUUUAAGGUAUCUGGUCCUGAUGGAAGCAGUUAUUGGUUGAAUCACGAAGCACAUGUUGGUGGCAGUGAUGCAGAUGAUGCUUGAUUACCCUUAAUUUCCAAUUGUACAUUCUUUCUCCUCUGAUGUUCCUAUUUUAACUCUAUGUGAACUAGGAAACUCCAAUUUCCUGAUUUCGAUGGCUCGCUCAUCUUGCUGUCAAUAACAUGAUUCUAAACAUUGAAUUGUUGAUUCUGAUGUAUUACGUACUCAGUUUCAAGGGUCGGUCCAUGUUAAUAACUUGAUUAUAUUGUUGAUUAUUUUACUGCAAUUUCAAGGAUCAAUUGUUGGUAUAAAGGGCCUUUCAGGCAAUUCUUGCUCUUA